GAUGGCUGAUUUGAUGUCACAGUAUUGCACUGAGUAAGUACACAGAAUGUCAAACUGAAUCGUGUUUGUCUCCCCCCUCAAAUUUCUGACGAGCCGCGACGACUGGAAGCGAAGGCGAGGAUGUGUGACGAAGUGGAUAUAGAGCAGGACUCACUGUGCGGAGAACCUGCUCAGUUUGACCCGACAUUCAGAGGACCCGUCAAGAAAAGAAAGUGCAAUGAUAUAAUAUGCUGUUUCCUGUUCACGGCCGCCAUCCUUGGCUACGUAUUAUUGGGGAUUUUGGCUUUUUGCUACGGUGAUCCGAGGCAUGUUCUUUAUCCAAGAAACUCCACCGGGUGGUUCUGUGGCAUUGGACCAAACAAAGACAGACCCAAUUUGUUCUACUUUGACAUCCUGAGAUGUGUCCCAUCUGUCAAUGUUAUGCCAACUACUCUCAAUGGUUUCCAGUGUCCAAUCACGAAGGUGUGUGUGGAAAAGUGUCCUUCUUCCUUCUGGGCCGUGGGGAAACCGUCUUACCUUCCAACCGUGAAACCAGCAAGUGUUUUCAAUCAGAGCCUCUGUGUGCCAUCUCUCCACCUGGAAAAUACGACUCUGACCGUAAAAGACAUUGUGGACAAGGAGCUGUGUCCUUUCUUCCACAUGCCUACGAUCUCUGUGCUGGGAAGAUGUUUGCCUGAUGUUGCUGCACUGGGCAAGAUCCCGUCAGCGUUUUCCAACAUUCCGGGUUUACCCUCUGUCAAACUCAUCAACAGCAGCACCAAGGACAUCUUGAAAGGCUUCAACGCCAGAGGCGUCGGCAUCCGAAUCUUAGAGGAUUUCGUGUCUUCGUGGCGGUGGAUCCUCGUUGGUCUGCUGCCAGCCGUGGUGGUCAGCAUGCUGCUCUUGUUGCUGCUGAGAUUCCCUGCUCCUGUCAGAGUUCGCGUGGCCGUCAUCCUAGGAGCCCUUUGUCCUGGUGUCGGUGGGAUAUGGCACUGCUGCAAUCAAUUUGUGAUCUACAAUGAAGACACUGCUUCCAUCAUAAAGACUGGUUUCAAAUUCAGGGUUCUUUACCCGAUAACCUGGGUGUAUUUCUUGUUUCCCCUAUACUUUGUGGAGUGUACUUGGAUUUUCAUCACCAUCUUCCGGCUGCAGGGACUCAAAAUGAUCAUCGCCCUCAUCCAGGAGUCCAGCAAGGCAAUCGGUCACAUGAUGUGGGCUCUGCUGUACCCUCUGGUCACCUUCGUCCUCCUGCUGGCGUGUGUCGCCUGCUGGGGCUCCACUGCUUUAUGUUUGGCCACUGCAGGAAGUCCCAUCUACAAAGUGGUGGCCCUCAAAUCCACGACGAGCAACUGUAAAAGUAUCAUUGGCACCGACAACUGUGACCCUCAGACCUUCACCCCCUCAGAUUACCCAGACUGCCCCUCGGCCCGCUGCAUCUUCAUCAAUUACAACAAGGAGGGCCUCUUACAAAUGGACGCUCUGCAGUUCUUGAACUUCGUUACUUUUUUCUGGUGCGUCAACUUCGUCCUUGCCCUGAGCCAGUGUACGCUGGCGGGGGCCUUUGCCUCCUACUACUGGGCCUUCAACAAACCAGGCGACAUCCCCUCCUCACCCGUGUGGGGCGGCUUCAUGCGUUCACUCAGGUACCAUGUUGGCUCCUUGGCCCUCGGUUCGUUCCUCCUGAUCCUGGAGACUGUAGGGAUGGUUGUUUUGAGGGUCCUCAAUAUAAUAGGAUUUUGCUGCCUCCUGAAAGCUAACAAAGCCCAAAUCUUCGACGUCAACGAUUACAUCAUGAUUGCCAUUCAAGGGAAAAACUACAUCAUCUCACACUACAACGCUCAUAUGCUGCCCAAGAGAAAUAUAAUUAGGUUUAUACCGGAGUCCAAUAUUUUUGGUAGAGGGGCAGAAAGAGUGUUCUGCUGCUUGAAGCUCCUGGUGGCUGGAGCGGGAGGUUUCUUGUCUUUCUUUUUCUUCUCUACACAAAUCCUGCUGCCGGGCAGCACCUUCCGCUGCGAUACCCUCAACUACUACUGGAUGCCAAUUGUUACUGUGAUGUUUGGAAGCCACCUCAUCGCUCACUGCUUCUUCAUUGUGUACAACACGGCUGUCGAAACGCUCUUCCUCUGCUGCAUGGAGGACUUGGAGUGCAAUGAUGGAUUAGAACAGCAGCCGUACUACAUGGCUAUAGAGGUGAGGAAACUCUUCGCAAGGAAGCUUGAGAAGAUUCCCCUCCCCGCAGCAAAUCCCCCUCCAGAGCUUCCCCCUCCAGAGAGCCCCCCUCCAGAGAGCCCCCCUCCAGAGAGUCCUCCCCCAGCGGGGCUAUUUUCAGCAUUUUCUAGGUAUUUGUAAAAUGUAAAGAAGUUGUAUAAAUACAAAUAUUUUUAUGAACCUGUUCAUUUGAUCAUUUAUGAAAUAUUGUAAUAAAUAUGUAAACAUGA